AUGGCCGAUCGACGUUCAGUGCUUUGCACUGCCAUCUUUACACCCAUUGUUUUCAUAUUACUUAUUCUCGGUUGGCAACGAGGUGGGCUCAAGGACGACGAGAAUCUUGCCCCUGCUGACCCACCACCAGUGUCUCAUACAAAUGAACCCAUUAUUGCCGGCUACUUUGUAAAUUGGGGCAUUUAUGAUCGAGAGUACAAUGUUGUUGAUUUACAAGCUGACAAGCUUUCUCACGUGCUUUAUGCAUUUGCAAAUCUGCUUGACGAUGGCACAAUCGUUCUCGGGGAUGCUUGGGCUGAUACGGAUAAGCACUUUCCCGCAGGUCAAACCAUUAACAAAAAAGCAGACGACUGGAAUGAGGGAGGAGACAAUUUAUACGGCAAUUUCAAGCAGUUGUAUCUUUUGAAGCAAAAGUAUCGCCAUUUGAAGGUCUCCCUGAGCGUGGGCGGAUGGUCAUGGUCAGGCAACUUUUCGACAGUUGCCAGCAAUCCUGAAAAGCGCGCUCGGUUUACUGAAACAGCAGCAUCUUACGUACAAGACUUGGGACUUGAUGGCAUUGACAUCGACUGGGAAAUGCCAAAGAACGAUGCCGAAGCAGUGUCUUAUGUAGCACUUGUCCAUGAUUUACGAGCCGCACUAGGAACGGACUAUCUCGUUUCCGUCGCUGUGCCUUGUGGACCUGAAGAUUACAAGAAAUUACACUUGCCAGAGAUGGCAUCAGAAGUAGAUUUGUUCUAUUUGAUGGCAUACGACUUUGCUGGCGCCUGGGAUCCAGUGAUUGGACAUCAAGCGGCACUCUACGGCGGCGUACUGAACGACGACAGUGCCGUCGAGUACUAUAUCAAGUCUGGUGUUCCAGCAGAAAAGAUCGUCCUUGGCAUUCCAGCUUACGGUCGUGGUUUUUCCAACACGGAGAAUAAGGUCGGAUCGUCAUUCGAUGGAGUGCCCUCGGGUACUUGGGAGGCUGGUAGCUACGACUACAAGGUUCUACCAAAACCGGGCGCUACCGAACACUACGACGCGGAUCAGGUUGCAUCUUACUCAUACGAUACAAAAACACACGAAUUUGUCACCUACGACAAUCCUGCUGCUGUCAAGGCAAAAUGUGAAUAUGCGCUGAACAAGGGCCUUGCAGGUGUCAUGUUUUGGGAACUAAGUGCCGACGCCGAGACACAGGAUCGCAGCUUAGUGCAUGCUGCAUAUACCGCCUUUGAAGGCCAAGUGGACGCUUCUUCCAACCAUAUCGAAUACACUUUAAGCCGAUAUGAUAAUAUCAGAAGCGGUAUGUAAAAUUUACAAGAGAAACAAACUAUAAGACAAAACUUGUAACUUUGUACUACAAUACCGGACUUUCGCAACGGCUGUUGUAAUUUAGAACUGUCACUCGAAAGUUCACGUCAUAUUAUAAUAAAGAAGGCACAAGCCGUGUAGGACACAAAUAUUUCCUUUUCCUUGAUCUCAAAAAUGGACAUAAACUACUUGCUCAAAUAAU